GAUGUUACAUCAUCUUAGGAAAUACAUGUACAGUACAAGUAAGGCUCUACCUUUGGAGCAACUUACUAGAUGGGGAUUACACAAUACUACAGUUAUAAGAAAUGCCAGUACUCCUGAAUUAUACGAAAUUGCUGCAAUGAAUCCAUUUUCUGCAGAUCCAGAGACAAGAUAAGGAUCCAUUUCUAGUACUGGAGCUAUGGUAGCAUAUUCAGGAAAAAGAACAGGGUAUAUAAAAAGAUUUGAUUAUUAAACUUUAGUCGUUCACCAAAAGACAAGAGAGUAGUACUAGAUGAAUAGACUGAAUAAGAAAUUUGGUGGGGAAAUGUUAAUAUUCCAAUUUCAAAGAAAUCUCACAAUUUAUUGGAGUAGAUUGCCCUAAAAUUCUUAAAUACAAGACCUAGAGUAGAAAUAUAUUAAUAAUAAUAGUUAUUUGUUGUUGAUGGAUAUGCAGGAUGGGAUCCUCAAAGUCGUCUAAGAAUUAGAGUAUUUUGUACUAGAGCAUAUCAUGCUUUAUUUAUGUAAAAUAUGCUUAUCAAACCAACAAAUGAAUAAUUGAAGAAAGAUUUUAGUGAUGAUGUUGAUUUUCAUAUUUUUAAUGCUGGUCCUAUGGCAGCACCAAAAUUAGUAGAGGGAGUUGGUUCCGAGACUUGUGUUUCUGUGAAUCUAACAGAUAAAAAAAUGGUGAUCUUGGGAACUUAAUAUGCUGGUGAAAUGAAAAAGGGAGUGUUUGGAGUUACUCAUUAUAUGUUUCCUAAAUAAGGAAUUCUUACACUUCAUAGUUCAGCCAAUGAAGGAGAAGACGGAGAUGUAACAUUAUUAUUUGGAUUGAGUGGCACUGGUAAAACUACACUCAGUGCUGAUCCAAAGAGAAAAUUAAUUGGUGAUGAUGAACAUGGAUGGUCUGAUAAUGGUAUUUUUAAUAUUGAAGGGGGUUGCUAUGCUAAAUGUGUUGAUUUAACAUAUGAAAAAGAACCUGAAAUUUAUGAUGCGAUUAAGUAAAAUUCAUUUAUAAUUCCAAGGUUUGGUGCAGUCUUAGAAAAUAUAGAAUUUUUAUCUAAAGAUUCUAGGGAAGUUGAUUAUAAUAACAUUUCUAUAACUGAAAAUACUAGAGUAAGUUAUCCUCUAGAUUUUAUUCCUGGAGCAAAAAAUCCUGCUGUUGGUGGUCAUCCUAAGAAUAUUCUUUUCCUUACCUGUGAUGCAUAUGGAGUACUUCCACCAGUAUCUUUAUUAACUCCUGAAUAAGCUAUGUAUCAUUUCAUUACUGGAUACACAGCAAAAGUAUUAUUCUUUUUAUCUUUAAAAGGUUGCUGGUACCGAAAUGGGAGUCAAAGAACCAGUUGCUACUUUUUCAGCAUGUUUUGGUGAAGCUUUCUUACCAUUACAUCCAACUCUUUAUGCAACCAUGUUAGCAGAUAAAAUGAAAUAACAUGGAACCAAAUGUUGGUUAAUUAAUACUGGAUGGUCAGGUGGUAAAUAUGGUGUCGGAAAAAGAAUGUCUCUUAAAAAUACAAGAUCCAUUAUUGAUGCCAUUCAUAGUGGAGAAUUAGCUAAUGGAGAAUUUGAUAAUUUUGAAAUCUUCAAUUUAAGAAUUCCUAAAAGAGUCACUGGAGUUCCAGAUUAAAUUCUUCAUCCAAAAAAUACUUGGACGUAUAUACUAUUUAUAAAUUUAUUCUAGAAAUAAGAGUGAAUUUGAUAGGACAUUAAGAAGUCUUGGAGAAAAAUUCUAAUAGAACUUUUAAAAGUAUCAAAAUAAAGCUUCACCAGAAGUCAUCAAUGCUGGCCCUAAAUUAUGA